AAAGAAGGUCAAUACAAUAUGCUUAAAUUCUGUUUAUAAACAUUUCGUCAUUGAGGAAUUUCCAGUAGAGGUAUUCUUUUUGUUAUCAUCAUCAAUGUAGAAGACAAGCAAGAAAGUGAAUAACACAAGCACUUCUGACAGCCGGGGUGGAAAUCUCAGAGGUGGGUAUCAAAGGUGGGAAAGAUGGAGCACCUGGAGACUGGGUAUCAUAGACUAGAAGCCUAUCAUGAUGAUGAAGAUUCACCACCUGAUGAGAGAAACCUUGUAGUUGAUCAUGUUCCAGAUAAUGGCAAAGCUCCAUGGAAUCACAUUGAGAAUUUGGAUGAAUUUUUCACUAGAAUCUACCAAUACCAUCAAAAACAUGGUUAUGCAUGCAUGAUGUUAUCACAGAUAUUUGAACUUGUCCAAUUUAUAUUCAUUGUGAUGUUCUCUGUAUUCCUGCUCCAAUGUGUCAAAUACCCUGUGCUGUUUGGUGAAGAAAAGGUGAAUGGUGUACAUAACAAAACAACAAUAGCAGACACAAUUGAACCUUUAGAUCAAUGCCUAAGUCAUUUAGAUCCAGUUUUAGUCAUCUGUUUAAUAAUAGCUGCAAUUUUCUGGCUGCAUCGCUUUACUCGUGUAGUCUACAACGCUUUCAAAUAUUGGGAAAUAAGGUCUUUCUUUCUUACUGCUCUCAAGAUUCAAACUGAUGAUUUGCCAAAUCACACUUGGCAUGACGUGCUUCAGCGAGUUCAACGAGUUCAGAUUGAACAGAGAAUGUGUAUACACAAAGAAGAACUUACAGAGUUAGAUAUUUAUCAUAGGAUUCUUCGCUUCAAGAACUAUAUGGUUGCUAUGGUCAAUAAAUCUCUUUUGCCUUUAAAAUUUAGAGUUCCAUUCCUAGGAGAAUUUGUAUAUCUAUCAAAUGGACUGAAGUAUAACCUUGAAAUCAUCUUAUUUUGGGGACCAUGGGCCCCAUUCAAGAAUUACUGGCAUUUACGAGACGAGUAUAAACGUUCUUCUAACAGAGAAAAGUUGGCAGCAGAAUUGUCCAAGCACAUACUUUGGAUUGGUAUUGCCAAUUUUAUUCUAUGUCCAUUCAUCUUGCUGUGGCAAGUUCUGUAUUCAUUUUUUCAUUAUGCUGAUUUGAUAAAAAGAGAUCCAACACUUCUUGGAGCAAGAAAAUGGUCAUCUUAUGGAAGACUGUAUUUAAGACAUUUUAAUGAAUUGGAUCAUGAGUAUCAAGCUAGGUUAAAUCGUGGUUACAAGCCAGCUACCAAAUACUUGAAUGCCUUCAUAUCCAGUAUACUGACAGUCAUCGCACAGAAUUUAGCGUUUUUUGCUGGCUCAAUUUUAGCAGUUAUAAUCAUUCUUACAGUCUACGAUGAAGAUGUAUUAACAGUUGAGCAUGUACUCACAAUCAUGACACUUCUUGGUUUGGUUGUGACUGUUUGCCGAACGUUUAUACCAGAUGAGAACUUAAUCUGGUGUCCAGAAACUUUAAUACAAAGUAUAUUAGCUCAGAUUCACUACAUGCCGGACAAUUGGAAAGGAAACGCUCACACUUCAAGAGUCCGCGAUGAAUUCUCUCAACUUUUUCAUUACAAAUUUGUGUAUUACUUGGAAGAACUGCUUAGUCCCGUAGUUACGCCCUUCAUUUUGUGCUUCAGCGUUAGGAAGAGGGCGUUAGACAUUGUUGAUUUCUACCAUAAUUUUACAGUAGAUGUAGUAGGUGUUGGCGACGUGUGUUCGUUUGCAGAGAUGGAUAUUAGGAGACAUGGAAAUGCAAGGUGGAUGUCUGAGGGGAAAACAGAGUCGAGUCAAUAUCAGCAAGCAGAAGAUGGAAAAACUGAACUCUCUCUCAUGCACUUUACUAUGACAAAUCCAAAGUGGAAACCACCUCAGCAAAGUAGUAAAUAUAUUGGUGCUCUCAAAGAUCAAGCUCAACAAGAUAUGAAGUUAAUGUGCGACCUUGAUGCUCAGAACACAGCUCUCACAACCUCCAUCCGAUCUAUUACAUCCAUUGAAGGGUAUAAUAGUAUUCUAAGCAGCCUGGCAGUACAGAACCAGCUACCAGCCGGGGUCCAGACACCACUUGGACAGCCCCCGCUCUCCUCAUUUCCAGGCAUAAGAACUCCACAAACUGGGCCUAAACAAAAGGUUAAAGGAGGCUUAAGCACAAUUGAGGGCCCUAUUUCAGAAGAAAGUGCAGGCUUACUUAGCAGUAUUCAGAGUGGAGGAAAUCUACAGAGUAGUAUAGGUGGACUAGCGAGUCUACAGGUUUCCCAGCCUAUGGUCGGGGCAAGUACAGCCUCAGACAACUUCCAUACAAUAGAUAUGAAUUUCAGUGCAAUUUACAUGCAUCAGCUUCAUGAUCGCAAUAUAAGUUCAAUACCACAAGGAAAAUGUUCCCCAAGUGGUACUCCUCGAGAAUCAUGGUUUCGGCAAGACACGCAGGAUGAUGAUUCAGAAGAUACGACACCGGCAAUGUCCCUAAGAGCCCCCGAACCAGUAGUGGCUGAAGAUCUGCUUGUCGACACACAACAAGAGACAUCCAAAAUUGGCAAUCUGACGGUGUGACCCAUUUGACCUCAGAUCGCAUUUAUUCAUCUAAGAACUUGGGGAAAAAUCCCUACUAUUAUAUUAGUGUCUUGUAAGUGUAUAAGUUUUGUGAAAGAUCUAUCAUGGAAAGUUUAGAUUGGUCAAGAUUAUGUUCUCGUUAGAAAUAAAUCUUAAUAGAUAAAAUGUAAUGUGUUGUUGAUUUUACAUAGACUGAAGUGAGAAGUUUGGCUUAAUCAUGUGAGAAAGAUGAGUCAUGACUUGUUAGUUUGUAAUAUUUAUUGUGGUGCCAUAACAUACAAUUAACAGUAUACAUUAACAAGAAUAGAAAUCAUGAAAAAUAAUUCUAAGCUUUAUCUGUUAUCAUGAUAGUUUGUAAGCAAUUAGCUGAUAGCCUGAUUAAACCAGUAGUAUGGCAUGACCACUACUAGUGCGGCCUGACUGAUAGUAGCCUGACUUGACCAGUAGCCAGUGCCGAUGUAUACCACAGCCUGGUAGCCUGGCUUGUCUGGCAAGUCAGUAUGUGUUAUCACUCCAAUGCGUACCUUCUUUUCGAAAUACUGGUGCACGUAAUGUUUUAUGGUUGGUUUUAUCUAAUAAAGUCUUCGCAUUGAGAGUAGAUUUUAUAUCAUAAGUUUUGAUUGAAAUUUCUUAUUAUGUAAUAAUUAAGUUGUUAAUUUCAGUUUUUGUCUUUAAUUGUCUCAGGGCAGAAAAUAUAAUGCGUUCUUAUUCUUAUUUAUGAUAUUGUUAUGAGUGCUUGUUCAGUAUAUCCACCAAGUAUUAAACAUAUGUAUUUUUUUUAUUGCUAUUGUUGUAAUAUUACUAAUAUAAUUUUUUUUUGCAUUUAAAUUCUUUUUAGUAAAUAUUGUAAUAAUCAUUUUAUAGCGAUUCCUCUAGUUAUAUUGUGCAUGUAUAUAUUGAAUGGAAAGCCUUUUUAAUAGUUUGUAGCUAAUUUUAUUAUGAAAAGUUCUUUAAUUACAUGCUGUAUCUUGCAGUUGCCUUUUACGAAUGUUUUUUUAUGAGAAUUGAUAUUGGGCCUAUAAUGUAUAAACGCUGGAAGAAUUUAAGAAAAUAACAUGCAUUAUUUAAAAUUUACAUGUUUUUCUUUUGUAAAAUAUUGUGAAUAUAAUAUUUAUGUUUUA